AUGAAUUUUUCUACCAAUAGAGCCGAAGAUUCGGAGCUGAAGGGAGGAGUUAGAGAGAGAGGGAAGGGAGAGGAAGGAGUUUUCAAAAAGCGUGCUCCGGCACAGUUAGUUUCUGGCCUCGAUGCGGACACCAAGUCCGCGGGGCAACUUGUGUCGCGACCGGGAUCCACCACCCCGGAAGCGGCACAGUGCCCUGGCCUAGGCGCUCGCGCCACCCGUCUCCGCAAGGGGACUACGGAGGAGGAACUCAACUCCGGACAGCCGAUCCUAAGCGGCAAGGAUCUGCUGUCCGUAGUUGAGAAAGACAGACGACUCAGCGUGGUUCUCUCACGCUGCGCCACACCUGUCACCACGACGCCCGCUGGCCGAGAGGUUGAGUCAAUGCUAGACUCGGACGACUCCUCUUGCGCCAGCAUGGUGACAGUGUCGUCGGAGAAUGGGGGCCCGAAAAGACGUUUCCUAAAAAGGAACCGCUCGGACCCUGAGGCGGAGGACUCGGAAUCACCUGCGUCGCCUUUUGAGGGGGCAGGUCACCGGUCCAAAAGGGGGAGAGGUCGCCCGCCCACCUCCACCGGGAAGUAUGUCGGUCUGGCCGCAGCCAGGGCGGCAUACAACCAGGAGCUGGCCGAGAGCCUCCGGCUCGAAGCUGAAGCGGAGGUUGCGGGAGUGGCCCGGAGCAUGAGGGAGGCUAGGGCCUCUUUACAGCCCAGCCCCCUCCUGCCAGCCCAAGAAGAAGAGGCAGAGCAAACCAGCUCAGCUCUAGCCAACGUUGUGAAGACUUCGCUGGAAACCAUUACGAUGGUCGCCACGAAGUCUUCACAACUGAAAGGGACGUACGUCCGGGCCCUGAAGGAUGCCGUAAAGGGCAUCCAAGAGGCGGUGUCCCAGAUCAGGGCGCGGACAUUGACGGAGGAGGUCAUGCGGCUGGAGGCCGCUAACUCCGUGCUCACGAAGGAGGUCGCCGAUCUGCGCCGCGACUUACAAAAGUUGCGGCAGCGACCAUCCCAGCCUGUGAGCUCGGAGCCUAGCCUCAAGCAGCUUCUGGAGGAGACAGCCCGUGCCAACGCCGAGAUGUUCGGCAACAUGCUGAACGCUCGGUUGGCCGGGAUUGAAGACCGUCUCCUCCCAGAGCCACGAAGAAGACCUCCGCUCUCGGCGGACACCAGGAGUGCCAGGGCAGCCCCUGCUCAGUCUGCGCCAACGGGGGCCCCGGUCGCUUCAUCAAGCGGCAGUGGUCACCCCGUGUCAGGACCGCCUGCCAAAAAGGCCGUCAAAGAGGCUCUCGCAAACAGCCAGGCCUCUUCUGCUCCCGCUUCUUCGGGAAAGAAGGGGAAGAGCAAGAAGAAGAGCCUGGCUGCACAGGAGGCAGCAGAGGCUCGGCACCAGCCUGCCCCUGCACCAACGGCGGAGCCAUGGUCUACUGUUGUUGGCCGAAAGGCCAAGAACAAGGCGGCCAAAGCGGCCAAAGCGGCCAAAGAGCCGCAAAAGCCUCGGCCCACGGCCCAGAAGAGGGCAAAGCUCCGGACACCAAGAACGGCAGCGGUAUCGCUGACCUUGGUGCCCGGAGUCGAGGAGAGAGGCGUAACAUACGCCUCGAUCCUCUCCGACGCCAAGCGGCGCGUUUCCCUCGCUGACCUCGGAAUCAGCAACAUGCGGUUCCGCAGGGCGGCGACGGGAGCGCGCCUGCUUGAGAUCGGAGGGGAGAACUCGGCGGCGAAGGCGGACUCCCUCGCCAAGAAGCUGAGGGAGGUCCUCAGCCCGGACGCGGUCAAGGUCGUCCGCCCAGUGAAGCGCGCGGAAAUCCGCGUCACUGGGCUGGACGACUCAGCCGACGCCAUUGAGGUGGCCGACGCUGUGGCCAAGGAAGGAGGCUGCGCGGUCGACGACGUGAAGCAUGGGCGGAUCGUCGUCGGACCGAGAGGGGACGGGUCCCUCUGGAUCAGCUGCCCAGUCGCAGCUGCCAAGAGGCUGUCCGACUCUGGCCGACUACUGGUCGGGUGGACGUCGGCCAGAGUGCGACUCCUCGACUCCAGACCGGCACGGUGCUACCGCUGUCUGGAGCCCGGGCACCUCGGGGUCAAGUGCUCCUGCGAGGUUGACCGCAGCCGACUGUGCUUCCGCUGCGGUCAACCCGACCAUCAGGCGCGGGACUGCUCGGCUGAGCCCCAUUGCCCCGUCUGUGCGACGGCAGGCAAACCGGCGGCUCACUCCAUCGGUGGCAGCGGAUGCAUUUCUGCUGCCAAGCCGGCAGCCAAAAGCCCGCAGGAGAGUGCGCCGAAGCCGAAGCGGCCAAAGCGCAAGGCCAAGGCCAAGAAGGCCGGGGCGGAGCAUAUGGACACCGUUCCUUGA